UUGCUUAGAUUGCCAUGAUCAGUCCCGGAUUGAGCUCUUGCGAGAAUUCCUUAAAUACUUUGAGAUACGCUGAUCGAGUGAAGGAACUCGGAGCAUCGGAUCCUGCUAUGUCCGGGUCGACACGAGGAGGAGCUAUCGACCUCGAGGACGAAGACGAUAUGAACGACGAUGAUGACGACUUGGCGCAAUUGCGAUCGUUGAAUGAGAUGAACCGAGUAGGUGCAUCCCAGCAUACAUUUUACCCCGCGAAUAUGUCCCACGCGCGAUUGUCUCGGGGUGCUCGUAAAGUCGGCGGAAGGCAGGAUGCUUUGCUUUACGAGCAGGAGUUGAGUGAUGAUCUGUUUCAUCAUCAAUCCGCCAUCACGCAUCUACAAACGAUCGAGGAUGAGGUUCUUGAUGCCCACAGAUCUGCGGUUGAAGAAAAUGAUCGCUGGACCGCAGUGGACAAGUCCCUGUUGAAAAUGACGGAUGAAGUGGAUUACGAUGUUGAUGCGUAUGCUCAACAAUUGGAAGACCUUCUGGCAGAGCGGAUUGAUUUCUACAACACCAUGAAAAUCAAGGUGACUCAGUUUCGACGGCAGCUAGCGGAGGAAGAGAAAAUAUCUCGCAAUUUCAACAACAAGAAAUGAUGAGCCGAUCCUACCUUGACUGGAUUUUCUUUCGUUUCAAUUUGUUUUUCUUUCAAUUCUUGAGUUGCUUGUGGUCGCGAUUUCUCUUUCAGUCCAUCAUUUUGAUCUGGCUUCGACUUUCUAUUCUUAGUCCCGUGGCAUUUUUUUUUCUUGGUUUUUUUUUUUUUUGAAUUGAAGGCGAUGGUGAUGGGGAAGAAUUGUAAUUGGUUCCACGGCUUUCGAGUUUGAAAUCCUUUUUCCCAGGAUUUCGAUAUGGGUGAUACGAUUUUUCUGAAGCAGUGCGGAAGAGCGAGAUGAGAUUUUUGGCGCUUCGGUCGCAUCGCUUCUUUUUUCUCUUCUGUGAAUAUGCAUCACAUGGUCGUAUUUCUGACGCUCCGAAGUGGUUUGAUCACGUGUAAACAUGGUGUGAAUGAGUGCUUCACCUACUCGCUUUUUUGUAAUUUUGAUUUUUUAAUGCUCGCAAAAUUGUGAUUUCCAGCUGAGAGAAGGUUUUUUUUUUCCUGUUCGUGUUGGUCAGCGACGGAUAAAUUGAUCAAAUGGCUUGUUUUUUUUCGGAUUGCGUUUUGGGAAAAUCUUUUCAUUUGCAGGCGAAAAAAUUCCUGUCGACUAGGCUACGUGUUUCUUUUUUUUUUAUCCACUUCCUGGCGUGUUCAGCGUAUUUCACUGUUCUGAAACAAAGAAGCUGUACGAACUCGCAAGAAA